AUGCAUUAUCAUAGGGUUGAAACAGGAGCAUAUUAUUGUCUACCAAAAGGUAUCGUUAGGGAGGCCAAGACAAAAUGGAAUAAACUUAACAGUAAUCUUGAGAUUACUUUGGACCACAAUUCAAUAUUGAAGCGUUGUGAUGCAACUGUUGAUGGUAAAGAAAAUGCUUCACGUUUCACACCAAUCAAUGACAUUACGUAUUGCAGCAACAAUACUUUAGUUGAUAUUAUUGGUGUUGUGGUUCAUGUUGGAGAACCGUCAAUAAUUUACAGAAAAGAUGGAACCACAGUAAAAAAGAGGAUUGUGAAAAUAAAAGACAUGUCAACUUUUAGUAUCGAUGUUAACUUAUGGGGGGCAACACAGGAAGGGUUAGGUGAAGAUUUGAAGAGUAUGCAUGCAGCCCAAACAGUUGUGGUCCUUGCAGUCAGUAAUGCUCAUGUUGUGUUUGUAAAGAAAGCUAUAUUGGAAUGCUCAUUCGCAAAUGCCACCCUCAAAUGCUUUGCUGAAAAAGGUGUUCAUCGGUUCUCUUUAACUAAUAACUUAGACCCAAGUGAACAACUACUUGUCUUAAAGAAGCUUACCCAAGUAGAGGAGAUGUUUAUUGCUCGAGUAUCUCCUAUUUUGCAAGUCACUCAUGCAAGAGGUGGCCAGUACAAAUACUUUGGUCACACUAUAAGUUUCCUACAAUACAUCUCUGAAAUUGCGAAGACUUUGCCGCGGAAAUUGCAAGAUUUGGAAGUCCUCAUUAUUCGAAGAAGCAAUAUUCAAGGCACCAAAUAUGACUGCUAUGUAAAUAAAUUCCAUGUUAUGGAUGCAUUGACUUAUAAAAUCCAACAUGACCAGUACUACAAGGAAGUUAUCAUAGAUUUUGAUGCUUUGAACUUACUUCCUGAUGUUGCAACAUAUGUAUCAAGUAUGAUGCAUAUGUUAGAAGACAAUGAAGAUGAAACGAGUGUUCCUCCACCAGCAGAUAGUUCCGCCACUUGCGAUAACUAUCCAACAAAAAUUUCAUCUUCCUUCAUACCAACAAUGCUAGCUGCAGCUCGUGAACUAGAAGCCAUUAAAGCCAUGUUGCAGCUACAUGAUACCGAAGAUAAUGUUUUGCCUUGGCCUCAAAUAGACUCCUUGCCGAUAAAUGAAUAUAACAUUGAAGGUUUGUUGAGCAUGGCAUUCCCUUCGCUCUUCCCGACUGGUGUUGCCCUUCCAUUGCAGCUGCAUAUCAAACAUGUUCACUUGCAUGAGUAUGUGCUCCACUUAAUAAGGUACUUUGACCAAAGAUUUGGGCAACAUGUUAGGUUUCACUAUUACAUAUACAAUUUAAUUAUGCGGCACCGUUCCCAACAAUCUGUAGCUGUCUUUAUUAGAACUAAUAGAGAGGAUGACUUCCCCAACAAUUUGCAUGCGCUACGUGAACACCUGCAGAACACACCUGAUGACCAGUUGCCGAAGCAAUUGUUGUGCCUUGGCACAACCCUUAGAGGCACCCGAGCAUAUUUGAAUAAAUCUCGAAAAGACCUCACUACAAUUAUCUCCCAAUUGGGAACACCAACCCUUUUUUUCACAUUGAGUUCAGCUGAUACUAAAUGGCCUGACCUCCAUAGCCUCUUCCAUGGAAAUAAUGGUCAGAACAUACAACCCACAAGAAAAGAGCUUGUACAAAACGUGGUCCGCAAUCCACACAUAAAAUCCUUGUACUUGCACAAUAGAUUUACAAUAUUUCAAGAAGAAAUUAUUCAAAAAUUGUUCAAAACAAAAGAUCAUUGGUAUAGAUAUGAAUGGCAACAUCACAGGUUAGGGAAUAUUCAUAGUUUUCUAUGGCUUCCUGGUGCACCAAAUAUGGACAUCAUUGAUUGGACAAAUGACGAUGAAGUCCAUAUGGCAAAAACUUUCUUUGACACAUAUGUAUCUUCUUGGAACCCUCGCAGCAUAGUUGACCAAACUAAUACACUUUGCUACACUGCAAUGGAUGAUCCAUGCUUAGCUGAUACAACAAAGAUUUUCUCAAUGCCCCCUGUAGUGGAUUACAAGACAUUACUAAAUACUUUGCAAAGACACACAAAAUGCACAGAAAAUACAUGUCUUAGGAAAAAAGGCCAUUCAUUACAAUGUCGUUACAAAGCUCUGUGGCCUGAACAAGACAGAUCUACAUUAACCCUUGAUAGUGACAAAAAUCCAUGCUAUACAACUGCAAGGAAUGAUGAUCGCUUGAAUAUUCAAAACCCUUGCAUGCUUUCAAUAUGGCGUGCUAAUAUGGAUUGCCAGCCUGUAACUUCAAGAAAAGUCGUGCUGCAAUACAUUUCAAAGUAUGCUUCAAAAUUCAAAAAAAAUCGGAAUCUUAUACUGAAAUAUUGA